GGGUUUGAAUCUCUCAUGUCCAGGGAUGUACGUCUAAGCCAGGCACACUGCAAAUACCCAAUAAAUAUGUGUUGAUGCUUGGGGCAAAAAGGACUUCAGGCCACGAAGGCAGCAGCUUACGGGUCAAGUGAGGCCUCAGACGUGGGCAGAUAUGUCCGCGGAAGCCUGCUGCCCACUCCAGCCUGAGCCCUGCGGAAACGAGGGCCAGGGCCCUGGGGAGGGGCAGUUCCCCUUCCUGUGGGGCUGCUGGGGUGGCAGCCCCGUGACGGGAGGACCAGCCUCCCAGUGGACACACCCUGUGGGUCUGUCUGUCCCGUGGGCACCGCGGUCUCCUCCAGCUGCACUGCCCGGACCACAGGGACGGGACGCCAUGACCCCCAGCCUCACGGCCCUGCUCUGCCUCGGGACCCUCCCCAAACCCACCAUCUGGGCUGAGCCAGGCGCUGUGAUCCCCUGGGGGAGCCCCGUGACCAUCUGGUGUCAGGGGACCCCGGGGGCCCGGGAGUUCCGUCUGCAUAAAGAGGGAAGCUCAGCUCCCUGGGACAGAAAGUCCCCACUGGAUCCCGGGGACAAGGGCAAGUUCUCCAUCCCACACAUGACACAGUCUGACGCAGGGAGAUAUCACUGUUACUAUCUCAGCCGCAGUGUCUGGUCAGGGCGCAGUGACCCCCUGGAGCUGGUGGUGACAGGGGCCCACAGCAAACCCACGCUCUCAGCCCUGCCGAGCCCUGUGGUGACCUCGGGAGGGAACGUGACCCUCCAGUGUGGCUCACGGCAGGGCUGGGACGGGUUCAUUCUGACUAAGGAAGGAGAACACAAGUCCUCCGGGAUCCUGGAGGCACAGCUACGCCUCUAUGGGCAGACCUGGGCCCUGUUCUCCGUGGGGCCCGUGACCCCCAGUCACAGGUGGAUGUUCAGAUGCCACGGCUUCAACAGGGACACCCCCCAGGUGUGGUCGGACCCCAGUGACCCCCUGGAGCUCCUGGUCCCAGGUGUGUCUGGGAAGCCCUCCCUCCUGACCCCGCAGGGCCCUGUCGUGGCCUUUGGACAGAGCCUGACCCUCCAGUGUCGCUCAGACGUCGGCUAUGACAGAUUCACUCUGUCCCAGGAGGGGGGACAGGCCCUCCGCCAGCGCCCUGGCCGGCAGCCCCCGGCUGGGCUCUCUCAGGCCGACUUCCCCCUGGGCCCGGUGACCUCCACCCACGGGGGCCGGUACACGUGCUACGGUGGACACAACCUCGCCUCCGAGUGGUCGGCCCCCAGUGACCCCCUGGACAUCCUGGUGGCAGGAUGGUUCCCUGGCACGCCCUCCCUCUCGGUGCAGCCAGGCCCCGUGGUGGCCUCAGGAGAGAACGUGACCCUGCUGUGUCACUCAUGGAGCAAAACGGAAACUUUCCUUCUGUCCAAGGAGGGGGCAGCCCGUCCCCCACUGCGUCUUAGAUCAAAGUCCCGAGGUGGGCAUUACCAGGCCGAAUUCUCCCUGAGUCCCGUGACCUCAGCCCACAAUGGGACCUACAGGUGCUACAGCUCACUCAGCAGUGACCCCUACCUGCUGUCACACGCCAGUGCCCCCCUGGAGCUCGCGGUCUCAGGAGGCUCUGAAGUUGGGGUCCUUCCUCCCACGGAGCCAGGCCCGCAGACGGGUCUCACAUGGAACCUGAACGUUCCGAUCGGGGUCUCGGGGGCCUGCGCCCUGCUGCUCCUCGUCCUCCUCGUCCUCCUCGUCCUCCUCGUCCGACACCGGGGUCAGGGAAGACGCAGGCAGCCGGGGGCUGCAGACCCAGAGCCCGAGGACCGAGGCCUGCAGAGCAGCUCCUGCCCAGCCGCCGCCGCCCAGGACCAGGCCCUCUAUGCUGCCCUGAAGGACACACGGCCUGAGGAGGCGGAGCAGCUGGACCAUCCGGUGAGACCCCUGCUCCUGUCCGGGCCACCAAAGGCCUUCUUGUUGCCAAACUCAGUGCACUGGACACGUCUCUGUCCUCGCAUCCCAGCUCCAGCAGCGUCCCACGCUGACCUCUCCUUCCGGGCUUCCUGGGUCGUCCUGCUGCGACUCCACCCCUCCCGUUUCCUGGUGACCUCAUGGCCCCUCCUUCGGGGUCCCCUUUCCUGGCUCCUCGUCCUCUGUCUGACCUUCUGGCGUUGCAGAGAAGCCCCACGUCUCAGGAGGAUUUGUGAAAAAGCCGCCGCAUCUGAAGCCCCGCAGGAUGUGACCUAUGCCCAGCUGCACCACUCGCCUCUCAGACGGGAGACUGCACCCCCUGCCCCCCAGUCAGGGGAGCCCCCAGAAGAGCCCAGCGUGUACGCUGCUCUCGCCGUCCGCUAGCCCAGGAAGGACCCAGACCCCACGCUCCAGGGAGGAAGACUGCACGGACCCCGGAAGGCACCGGAGCUGCCCGCAGUGGACACCACCUAACGACCAUUAGCCUGGACUCCCAACACAGACCACCAGGAGCUCCUGGGACCUUUUGGGAGUCACCCGAUUCUACCCUCAUAGAUAACGAAUAUCCUUACAUUUGGGAAAUAAUACAACAGACUUCUCAAAAAUCA